AUGGGAGCAGAGUUGGACAAGAGGUAUGCAAGUAGCACUGAGUAUAGAAACUAUUCACUUGCAACAGAAUCAACUAGAAAGAUUUUGUCAAAUUUUCCAGCAGUGUUCAGCAGUCUAGGAGCAGGAAUUGAAGGAAAGGACAGUUCCAAGUGUUCCAGCUCCUCUGCCUGGCGGCUAGACUGCUGCAGCAAACAGUGGAGAUUAUGUGCCCAUCUGAAGGGCCUGGAAGAGGGUCCUCCAGAAGCAGAAGCUCAUCCUCAAAGAGCUGGACCAACUCCAUCAAGCACAGUGCCAGCACAAGUAGAUGCCCCCAAAGGUUGGAACUGUGUCUUUCGCUGGAAUUUCAUGGAGCACACCGGGGUCUCAGGGAAUCUGUAUGGGACCAGCAAAGCGGCCGUGAGGGCGGUGCAAGCCGUGAACCGCAUCUGCUUGUUGGACGUAGUCCUGCAGGGCGUGCGCAACAUCGGGAAGACUGACCUGCGGCCCAUCUGCAUCUUCCUGCGGUCGCCCUUGCUGGACCGCCUGGAGCAGCGGAACACAGACACGGAGCAGCGGAACACAGACACAGGGCAGAGCCUGGCCGCCGCCCGGGCCGACUGAAACCUGGAGAGCAGCAAGGAGCCCGGCCUGUUUGACCUGAUCAUGGGCAACGACAGCCUGGACAAGGCCUACUGGGCCCUGAAGGAGGCGCUCUCCGAAGAAAUGAAGAAGGUUCAAGGAACUGGCCCCUCCUGA